AAAACAUCCUGCCCCCCGCCCCAACCCCGGAGAAUUCCCUUCCCGCAGUGCUGAGUCCGAACUGGGCGCUCGCACACACACCCCUAUAGAACUCAUUUUGGGGUAGGAGACGGGAAAUGGCCCUGAAGCUCCGUCCCUGCUCCACACCCCCCACAGAGCACAAAUAGCCACUGUUUGUUUUCCUGGCGCCCGGGAUACGGGAUGGGCCCCGCCCCCAGAGUCGGGCUGAGCUAGAGGGGAGCGGGGAAGAGCGUCUCCCGUGAGUUCGGGGUGGAGGGGCUGGGUCCGCCACCUUCUGUCCACAGGUACUAUCCACAGGCCGUAAGCGCACCCCACCGCACCAUGGGCUCGGACGUCUGGGUGGGCCCUUGGCGGCCACACCGGCCCCGUGGCCCCAUCGCAGCGCUCUACAGAGGCCCGGGGCCCAAAUACAAGCUGCCACCGAACACCGGAUACAUCCUGCACGACCCUUCGCGGCCCCGCGCCCCCGCCUUCAGCUUCGGCGCGCGCCUCCCCACGCAGCAGACUUCGUGCGGCCCGGGGCCGGGCCACCUGGUGCCCGCUAGCAUGACUGUGCGCGGCCGAGACGGCACCCCCGCCUACUCCAUCUAUGGCCGCCCGCGCCACGCAGCGCCGUUCCUCACUCCCGGACCGGGUAGGUACUUCCCAGAGAGAGCGGGGAACGCGACGUACCCCAGCGCGCCUCGGCACACCAUCGCUCCUCGAAACUGGGGCAUCCACGCGGUGCAGCAGACCCCAGGCCCCGGGACCUACACAGUGCCCUCGCUCUUGGGCCCGCGCGUCAUCGGUAAAGUCUCGGCCCCAACUUACUCCAUCCACGGCCGCAGCGCAGUGGGCAGCUUCUUCGAGGACCUCAGCAAGACCCCGGGUCCCUGCGCCUACCACGUGGUGAACCCUGGGAUCUACAAGUCUCGGGCCCCCCAGUUCACGAUGCUAGCACGGACUUCGCUACCCCGAGACGACACCCUGAAUCCCGGGCCCGCCGCCUACAACGUAGACCAGCACCGGAAGCCUCGCGGCUGGAGCUUCGGGAUCCGGCACUCGGACUACCUGGCCCCGUUCGUGACGGACAUGGAUAACUGACUGGCCGGCCGGGCGCGGCCCCACGAACGUGUGCUUAAAGCUCCCCGA